UGGCCCCUUUGCUCACCUUUCUCACCUCACGUAAACAUGUUCAACCUGAUGAGCAACUGCUGCACCUGGGUCUCCAAAAUACAGGAGCCAAUCAGGAAAAUGACCAUUCUGGUGGUUGGUCUUGACAAAGCAGGAAAAACAUCUUGCAUCAGAGGCAUGUUAAGAGCAGGACCCACCCAGGGCUGCAUCCGAAAUGAGCUCCGAGUAGAGAACUACUUGGUCACCUUGUUGGAUGUGGGAGGAUCAGCAGAGUCGAGAGGAACUUGGAGGGAGCUCUAUAGAGAGGCCCAUGGGAUAAUCUUUGUGGUGGACUCCAGUGACAGGCAGAGGAUAAAGGAGGUCAAGGGGGUUCUUGCUGAUCUGCUGAAGCAACCCAGAGUGGCAGGAAAACCCAUAUUAGUGUUGGCUAAUAAACAGGACAAAAUGAACGCUUUGCUGGGAAAUGAGCUGAUUGAGAUUCUGUCACUAGAGAAGCUGGUCAACCAGAGUCGCUCUCUGUGCCAUAUUGAGCCUUGUUCAGCCUUAAUGGACCUGCGACGUUGGUCGGACAGAAAGACUCUACGAGGCCUUCGCUGGUUGCUGCGUGCUGUUUGUCUGGAUUACCCAGAGCUGUGUACUCGUGUAGCCCAGGACAGCAAGAGGCCUCUGGAACCAAGAGAGAAGGAAAAGACCUGGAAAACGGAGAAAGUUCGCAAAAAAAACAAGGGGGAACGUAAGUCAGAUCUUCGCCAGGUUCAUCGGCCAAAAGACAAGGAGAAGCCCAAGAGCGAGGGAAAGCUGCAACCCAUUCGAAACAUGCUGCAAAAGGAAACCACUCUGAAAAAGAAGCUGAAGUCAAAAAAGAAGAAGAAGUUGGUUAAGGUCAAGAAAGGUGAAAAAGAUCACGAGGAAGGAAAUGAACAGCAGGAUGAAGAGGAGGGUGACAGUCAGGAAGGAGAGCAAGAAAACGCUGUUCACAGAGAGAAAGCCAGCAGUGCCCUGAUUCCCCCCAAAAAAGGCCAACCAAAACGCCAAAGAGAGGUGAAAAAAGAGACUCUGGACAUGCCAGAAUCACCUGACAAUGAUGAGAAGGAGCUCAAAGCUAAAGGGGAAAAGAGGAGGAAGAAAAAAGUGGUCAAAGUAAAAAGGAAGAACAAGAUCAACACAGAGGAGAUGCCUGGAGAUUACUCUCAGUCUGUGGACUUGUCUUCAACCUUUGAUCUUUACCGAAAAGCAAUACUGGCUCUGAAGGAACGUCAGGAUCAGGGACAGUGAGAGUGAAUCCC